UUGGCUUGUUCUUUCCCGUUGCAGAGACAUUCUCCAAGCCUCCGUUCCGAGUCUUCACUGGAGCAGAGUUUGCGGAUAACUGUUGGGAAUGAUCGGUAUUGCACUGGCUCAGAGCGAAGGAGGUUGCCUGAUAGACUGGGUUCACCGAGUGAUAAUCUGAGUGACUUGGACAGGGAUGACAUGGCUGAUGGUCCAAUAUUUACCAGAGGCCUCCCAUGUUCUCGAGGGCUUGAGCGCUAUCCCUCUCAUGAAGAUCGGCCAUCCAGUCCUUUCAUGAUGAGGCAUGAUGAAGAUUACCGUAACAGGGAUGUAUACCUGCAUCGGUCAGAUUACAGCCCACACUAUGGUCGGCGUGAAGAGCUGCCACGGGGAUCUAGUAGGGAUAGUGACAAACUCAGAAAACCUUCCUACCGAUCAAGGUCAGAAGAGAGAGGUAGAGAAACAAAGCGCCCUCGGUACGAGAAAGAUGAGAAAAUGCACAGUAUGAGUGGGGACCAUCAAGGUUUCUCAUCGGGAACGCGAAACUAUCGCAGGCGAAGCCGCAGCAGAAGCCCAAAUGAAGAAUUCCGGGAACUUGAGCGAGCCAGGAGGAAAAAAGAAGAAGAAGAACGAAACAGAAAUUUGAAUCAUGAUCUGCCUAACAGUGACUAUGCAAUCCCUGGGUUAACUAGCACAUUACAGUCUGCUGACACUCAGUAUUUGUACAGGCCUGAUGAAAUACCAUCCAUGCCCAAAAAGUCUAUCCUGAAGAAACGCGUGGAGGUGGAAGUUGAGCCCCCCCCAAUACAGCCUGAAGACUUUUCAGACAAUUCUACAGCCAGUAAAGAUCUUCCUCUUAUUUCAAGUCGCUCAUCUUUGUCCCAGAAUAACAACAGUACUCCUUUUGCUUCUGAUGUGGAGAACUUCAUCAAACGGUUUAACAAAGACUCUGCAGUAGAGACUCCAAACCAGGAGUUGCGUGAUGGUUUAUAUGAGUGGAGCCCGCUUUCUGCACAACCCAAAGACACCUUUGCUUUUGAAGAGAAGUUUGAAAGUUUCUUAAGUCAAAAGGAGAAAACAGAACCAAAAUCAGAGCCUGCAGAUCGUCAUGGUGACUUCCUGCUCCCUCAUGAGAGAGCUAGUCAGGAUGGGAGUGGUUUCUCCCGCAUUCUAGGCUUAAUGGCUGAUUCUGCCAGUGCUCAAGAGAAGAGAAGACGCAGUUUUCCUGACAUUGAGGAUGAAGAGAAAUUUCUUUAUGGUGAUGAGGAGGAAGAUUCCAAACCUGAACCGGUCCCUGCUGAAAAGCCAUCAGUGAGUAGUGGGAGUGAACUUGCCAGCCAGAAAGCAAGUCCACCUCCUCCUCCUCCUCCUCCUCCUCCACCACCACCUGUAAAGCUAGACGCUCUGGAGGAGUCCAAGGUUGAGUAUGCAAAGAUCCAUGAUCUGCUUAAAACUAUUGGGCUUGAUAUUGGGGUGGCUGAAAUUGGCAAACUGGCAGUCCGUACCCAGGAGCGCCUUCAUGGAAAAAAGCUGGCAUCUCGUUCUCCUGACCGUCGCUCUUCAGACUCCCGCAGCAGACUGGAAUCAUGGGAAAUGCACCGCAGUGACACGCAGUCUCCAGAGUCAAGCCAGCAGCGCCGUGCAUCACCGCCUGGCCCUUACCAGCCAUCCACAGACACCUCAUCAUCUUCUCUUCAGAAAUCAGAGUGCUCUAAAAGCAAAGCUGUGGGCCAUGAGAUCUCUGUUGGCACACCAGAAGCACCUCUUCCUACUGCACCUCUAAUCCCCUCAGCACCGCCUGCCCCUGCUGGUUUGCCACCUCCCCCCACCUCUGUUUCCCAGUACCAAAUUCCCAACUAUCCCCGAUUCAGUGCGCCUCAGAUGCCACAAAACUAUCCCCCUCCCACAAUGGCCCCUCCUGGCUACGAUGCUUAUGGGCACUAUAUGGCUUAUGCAGCCUCUGGCUGGCCUAUGUACCCUCAUCCCCAGCAACCUAGCCCUGCAUUGCCAGAGGCUCACGGGUUGCUCACAAUGACAAUGACAGCAAACCCAACGCGCCCCAAUCUCCGAGUGAUUGAAACGGUCUCUAUGGGCAAUGAUGCCCCUGAUUUAAAGAGAGAAGACUCUGUACUUGUACCAAUUCCCACUGCAUCUAGUGGUCACCCCAAAGUGUCCAUUCAGCUCACCUCACACUUAUUCAAAAGCACCACAGAAAAGAUUUCAGAUGAAAAAAAUCGGGCGGCUCAGAAGCAAAAGGUCAUAGAAGAGAGAGAGAAGCUGAAGAAUGAGCGGGAAGCCCGUCAGAAGAAGCUCUACUAUCUCAAAACUGAAUUGGAUAGACUGCGUAAACAGCAAGGGGAGAUGUUGCGGAAGAAACGUCGGGAGAAGGAUGGACACAAAGACCCCUUGUUGGUAGAAGUAAACCGACUGCAAGAGAAUAUUAUGAAGGAGAUUUCAGAGUUGCACAAGGAAUCUGAUGCAGCAGACAAGAAGCAAUCUGAGCUUGACAAAGUAGCCCAGAUCCUGGGGAUUAACAUUUGUGAAAAACCCAGGAAACCACCUGUGGAAACUAAAGAUUCUUCAGAAAAAAAUAGCAAGUCAGAAAAUUUUAAAGGUGUAGAGAAAACGACAUCCUCCAACAAGGAGUCAAAAACAGCUAAUGAAAAGUCCAGAGGUAAAAGUCCCAAGCCUGCAGAAUCCUCUUCACUGUCAUCAAAGCAUCCUUUCCAGUUGGCCAAUAUUUAUGAAUAUUAUGAUGCAGGGAACCACUGGUGCAAAGACUGCAAUACCAUCUGUGGGACCAUGUUUGACUUUUUUACACACAUGCACAAUAAGAAACACAGACAGACCCUGGAUCCUUACAACAGACCUUGGGCAUCGAAGACCCAGAGUGAGACCAAACAAGAUUCUAUAAGACGCAUUGAUAAGAUAACUGUCCCCGCCAAAGGCUCUGAGUUUCUGAUUCCUAUCACUGGAUAUUAUUGCCAGCUCUGUCAUGAAUUUUUUGGAGAUCAGAUCUCAGCAGAGCAACAUGUGAAAAGUCAUCCUCACAAUGAGAAAUAUAAGAAAUAUGUGGAUGAAAAUCCACUCUAUGAAGAGAGGAGAAACCUGGACCGUCAGGCCGGGUUGGCUGUGGUCCUGGAAACAGAACGCAGGCGACAAAAUGAGCUGAAACGAAAACUGAGUGAAAAGCAGAAAGAAGAGAAAGAUGAGAAGAAGGCAAAAGUAGUAAAGAAAGAGGAAACAAAGAGCACUCCAGAGCUGGGAGAAGGGCCUAAUGAAACCAAAAGUACUCCAGGCAGAAUAGAUCCUGCUGGGCGAAAACUUGGAAUUAAGCUUAAACUGAAGAAGGAAGAGAAGAAAGAAGAGAAGAAAGAAGAAAAGAAAGAGGAAUCUGCAACUCAGUCCUCCUUUGGAAAGUUCAGCUGGAAGAAGAAUGAGAAAGAGGAUAAGAGCCUAGGAGCAGCUUCAGCUGUCCCAAAGGAGGAGAAUGCUGAAGGAAACAAAGAUAAGGAGGAGGGUAAGUCUCCGUCUGGAAAACCCCAUGUGAAGCCCAUUGAAAUAAAACUUUCUGGGAAAACUGUGAUACCACACACUAGCCCCUGGACACCAGUCUCUUCUACUUCAACACAAGCAAAAAUUCGACCCAAUCUGCCAGUUCCCACCAUGAUUCUGCGCAAGUCUGUAACUGCAACAGUAAGCAAGCCAGCACCUUUGAACACUUUUUUGUCUAUAAAAUCUUCUGGAGCCACCAUCAAACCUCUACCUGUGGUAAAAGAAACCAGUGCAGACUUAUUGCUGCCUCCAGAUAUCAUCUCAAAAGCAUUUGGCGGAGAAGAAGUAAUUUUGAAAGGGACACAGGAGGAUUUGAAAGUGCCAGAGAAGAAUGAGUCUUCUCAGGCUUCUGAGAUACCGCCCCCACCCAAGCAGACAGCUGUCAUCCCAGCAGAUGAAGUGGCUCCAGGUGUGUCUGAGAGCGAACAGCCCAUAUUGGCAAUGCCAGUGCGCCCUCCUCCACCACCAUUUUCUACUGUUUUUAGUGACCAGGCUAAAAAAAUAGAGAAAAGGAACUCUUGCCUGGCCACAGCAAAUGCUAAAGAUCUUUAUGGUAUCUUUUACAGUAGUGGUGGAAAGAAUUCAGCUGAUGGCAAACUUGCAAGUUCAACUUCCCUAGUUCCAAAUGGAGAAAACUCUAAUCUAGCAAAAACAGAGAGAAACUUAGAUGUGCCAUCAAACUCUAAACAGAGUAUUAAUACAUCACAACAUGUAGUUACUUACUCAGAGGCUAGUCAGGUACACCAAGCAGAGAAGACCUCUGCACCUGAGAAGGUGGAAGUCCAGGAGACUUGUAAAACAAAAAGCAUUGAAAUCCGAAACAGUGUUCAGGAGGAGGUGAACCACAAAUCCCAAACUACUCUUACACUGGAUAUUCAGGCUAAACCCAAAGAGGAGGAAUCCUUGCAAUCUAAAGUUCUAGCAGAAGAUACUUCAAUAUCCUGUGAGAAUGAGGCAGAAAUUAACAAGAAGCCGAUAGAGUCUCAGAUAUCCAAAUUAUCAGAAACUAAAACUGAUACUGCUGGUCAGAACUCUUCGGUAAUGAGACACUUAGGUGCAGCAAGUGUAGAAAAGAUGGUCAACCAGGUACCCCAAGACCCACAAAUAAAUGAGGUCCAAGAGAAAAUUGGAGACAGACAGACAGACGAUACCCUGGAUAACAAAGCAGAUGCAUCUGGUACCUUGAAAAAAGAUGUAGAGAUAAAAAACUUGGAGUUAACAGGGUCUCACUCUGAAGUUAGUUUGGAACACUCUGGGGGUCUGUCAUCUACUGCAGACCAUGAAAUGCAAAAUGUGGAAGAUCACAGUUUAGUAGAGGAAAAAUUAAGCAACGAUUUCGGUAAAACUAAUAGAGAAAUUGAUGGGCAAGAUGUGCCGUAUGCUAAGAGUAAAUUGAUUCCAAAAUUGCAAGGGCCAUCAGCUAAAGUUAGGAAGAAAAAAAUUCCAGUAGCAAAGAUGAGAGAGCAGAGUUGUAAUAACGCUUCCUUAAAAGAGGUGAAACAGGAAAAUACUGACUCAGAAAGGUUUCGGUCAGAAAUCAUUGAUGAAGUCCCACAGAUUUUAGAAAUACAAAAUACUGUUUCAAAAUUGACAACAUGCUCUGAUGAAUUGGUUUUAUCCAAAACUAGUAAUGAAAAGGUACAGGUCAUUUUGGAUUGUUCUCAGUCAACAAGUAGUCAGAAACUACCAGAUGCCCCAGUAGUAGAAAUAAGUGAUUCAAGUGAAGUCACCAUCUCAGAAUCAACAGAGAUGAAAUCAGACACAAGUCUCACCAAUGUAGAAAUAACAAAUAGCCUAUUAGUGUUACAAAAAGAGGGCAGGCAUGAACUUUCAAGCUGUGCAGUCCACCAGUCCCAGAAGCAAGGAGUCGCAGAGUUAGCCAGCACCUGUAUUACAAAUACUGUUGAAGCCAACACCAGUCUAAAACUGUUUAGUGUUAAAAAUAACACUUCAGGAGGAACUGAAUCAGAUGAAAAGAUAGAUGAUUUAAUUGCAGAGAGAAAUUCAGAAGAGAGGAGGAUUGUAGACCUUUCUACUCAAUCUGGUAUGGUCCAAGGGUCACUGAAUGAUGCCCUUGCCACAGACUUUAGUGUGGGACCCCUUGGAGAGGGCAGUGUCCCCCGCAUUGAAAUGAACUGUGAAAUCUUAAAAGCCACAUCAGCCAAUGACUUUGACUUAAACACCAGUUAUUCAGGAUUUAAUUUUGAACAGUCCGAAACUCUCUCAUUAAAUUUUAACAUGGAAAAUGAGGGAGAUUCCUUAAAGCCAGAAGAUGUAAAGUCUAGUGGUACUUCUACCCUUAAAACAGAGUUGGAAUUAGAAAGCAUUGAUUUCAGUUUGGGGGACAUAGAAGUGGAACGUGCACAUCUGGGUAUUCUUACAGAUCUUAGUGAAGAUACCGAAGAUGUUCCAAAGUUAGAAACCAUUACAUCCAUUGGUUUGGAGUCCAGUAAAACCGGUGAACUGAGCAUUCAGCAGCCAGUGGAUGAACCAGAAAUCAUUGAUUUUGUUGCAUUAACUUCUGGUGAUCAAGAAGAAAAGUUUUGUACCCUAAUCUCUGAAACAGGUGUCCCACACCUUGAGUCACGAUCAUCAAAUAGUGAUACUACAGAGAUAGGCAUGCCUGUUCUAGAUGUUCAGGGAAUGCCUCCAAUGUCUGAGAUCCUUCUGCAAGUGGAGGAGAGCAAAGAUGGCACUGCUGUUGCUACUGAAAUGCCAUUGUUGAGUUGUGAUGGAGACAGUGUGGAAAGCCAGGCAGCUGGGUGCAUUGAAACUCCUCUUCCUAAGCUCAAAGACACACCUGGAAAGGAGGGUGGAUUGGGUGAAAAUGGAAAUUGCUGACAGUAGUUUGGAAAUGAACCCAGCUAAUCCCAAUAUUUGAGGAGCCCUGGCUGAAGUUUUGUUUAUAUAUGUGUAUAUAUAAAUAUGUUUUUGGUUCUGUUUCGGUUUGAUAUGUUGGAUGUAUUUGCAUCCUACAAUAGAUAUUGACUAAUGCUAAAGCAUAUUUUACCAAAACCAGACACACACUUUAUUCUGUACAUACUGAAUUGUGUAAAAUGUCUUUCCUGUGAAAUUUUGCCAAUUUCUUUUCUAUACUCUGCCAUUAAAGUGGAAUUUCUCACCUACAAUGCGUGUGUCUUGGUUGUUUAUUUUUUGGCUUUUAUUCUUUAUCAUUUUGGGACACUUUCCAGUUCAUGCUGUUUCUAUCAGUAGCAUUCCUCAACUAGGCUGGCCUGUGUGACAAGCUCAAGAAACCUGUUCAGAACAUAAGGAAAUGGAGACUCUUACCGAAGAAUUAAAACUGAUAAUUUCUUUAAAAUGUAAUGCAUGAUUUUGAUUGCUUUCAUUGUUUGAAAUGCAGAACUUGUUAAUAGAAUUGCCUUUUGAAUGGUUUCAUGUCCUGUGGUUUGUAAUUAUGUUGUUGUAUUACAUCUGUACUUCAAAUGUCUCGUGCUGUAUUGUAUUAUGGAUGCCACCUCACUAAGCAAGGGAAGAAAAUCUAUCCGACUCACUUUUGGAGAAGAAGACUAAUCGGUAAGGCUCUGUGGCCUGACACCUGGACCAGACAUUUUGAGGUCACUUACAUGAUUUGAAAUAGCCUUUCUUUCAUUGUAUUGUGAUUUAGUAACUAUUUGUGUUAAAUCAUUUAGCAGCUGCCCAGUUCAUGAAGAAGCAGAAGAUCUGAACCCUGGUCUCAGAAAUUGGACUCGCCCCAUGUGACACAGAUACAUGCAUACCCACCCUGAAUGGUCCUUGAGCCAUUAAAACCUGUAGUAUGAUGGUUUUCAUUGUACAGUGUGUCAGAGACUUAAAACAUUUAAUGUUUGCUUGGAUAAAUCUAACAUUUUUAUUUGUAAAUCAUUUAAAAAUAAACUUGUGAUCAAAAAUA